GAGAAGCGGACAGGUUUCUGUGGGAGCGGAAGCCACACGGCCGCCUCGAAACCGUACCCGGGGGUUCGCGGGACCCCGAGACCCGGCUCCCAGGCCCGGCGGCCAGGUCCCCCGUGCCGCGCGCGCUCCCGAGGGCCGGGGGCGGGGCGGCCGGGGCGGCGGCGGCGGCGGCGGCGGCGGGGGGCGCCCGCUCCUCCCCCCGCGGGCGGCAGGGCAGUAGGCGCCGAGCCCCCUGCGCGCGGCACAUGGGGCGCCUGACGGAGGCGGCGGCAGCGGGCGGCGGCGCUUCAGCGGCGCGCUCGGCCGGGCCCCCUCCCGCUCCCCUUCCCCUGUCUUCCACCUCCCCCGGGUGCACGGCCACCAUGGCGUCCAGCGAGGAGGACGGCACCAACGGCGGCGCCUCGGAGGCCGGCGAGGAGCGGGAGGCCCCCGGCAAGAGGAGGCGCCUCGGCUUGCUGGCCACCGUCUGGCUCACCUUCUACAACAUCGCCAUGACCGCGGGGUGGUUGGUUCUAGCUAUUGCCAUGGUACGUUUUUAUAUGGAAAAAGGAACACACAAAGGUUUAUAUAAAAGUAUUCAGAAGACACUUAAAUUUUUCCAGACAUUUGCCUUGCUUGAGAUAGUCCACUGUUUAAUUGGAAUUGUACCUACUUCUGUGAUUGUGGCUGGGGUCCAAGUGAGUUCAAGAAUCUUUAUGGUGUGGCUCAUUACUCACAGUAUAAAACCAAUCCAGAAUGAGGAGAGCGUGGUGCUUUUUCUGGUCGCGUGGACUGUGACAGAGAUCACUCGCUAUUCCUUCUACACAUUCAGUCUUCUCGACCACUUGCCAUACUUCAUUAAAUGGGCCAGAUACAAUUUUUUUAUCAUCUUAUACCCUGUUGGAGUUGCUGGUGAACUUCUUACAAUAUAUGCUGCCUUACCCUACGUGAAGAAGACAGGAAUGUUUUCAAUAAGACUUCCUAAUAAAUACAAUGUCUCUUUUGACUACUAUUAUUUUCUUCUUAUAACCAUGGCCUCAUAUAUACCACUGUUUCCACAACUCUAUUUUCACAUGUUACGCCAAAGAAGAAAGGUGCUUCAUGGAGAGGUGAUUGUAGAAAAGGAUGAUUAAGUGAUCCCUGCAAACAAGGUGCUUUUUCCAGAAUAACCCGGAUUACUUGAGUCCAAGUUUUAAUAACGAGAAUAAACAACUUCAUGAAAUAUUA